CCUCAAUCCUGCGAACCACCCCUUGAUCAAGUACUCAUGGUGUCUAGUAGCCCAGUCCAGAGUCUAUGUAAAUAUGUACUAAGUCGCAGCUAGACUGAGUUUUAUUCGAAAGGAUAAGUUAAUGUUCGGAAAGAGUAUUAUUUAAUCCAGAAAAUUAAAUAUAUACAUUACAUUUCUGAGUUUUUGUAAUACAAUAUAUGUAUUCAAAUAAUGAUAUAAAAACAUUCAGUGAUAAUGGUAAGGAUAAUAAUUUUUAUUAUAAUAAAAAAAAAUUAGAUAACAGUGAUAGUGAUCAAGUUGAAGAGGUAAUUGCAGAAAGUGAUAAUCAUAAUGUAAAUAAAUAAAAAGUAAUAGUGAAAAGCUCGGUGAAUAUAAAAGGUAAAGAAAUGAUACAUUCAGCAGCCGCCACCAGAUAUAAUAGAAAUUUUAAUACUCUAUGUUAAUUAAAUUUCGACACUAAAUGCACUUCGGACUCAAAAUAAUGAAAUAACAGUGAUUUAAAGUAACUUCUAUUACUAUUUCUUAGGAAAGUGAUUUCUCAUAUAGAAUUCAUAUAUCUUGAUAAAAGCUCUAUAAGAAUUCGUUGGAUUUUAUAAGACUUUUCAAGCAGUAACGCGUACCCAAUAACUUCAAGCGGAAAACUAAAACUGAACGACAUUGCAAUUAUCUCCAAGCCAAGUAAGUUUAAAUCAAAUUCAUUAGUGUAAUUUAGAAAUAAUGACAAAAUAUUUUGAAUAAUAUUUUUCUGAUUAACUUCUGUAGAAUUGAAAUUAAUUAUCAGAGAAGUAUGAUAUUGCGCCUACUAUAGGUCCGCAUUGUUGAAUAAUUCCAUUACAGUCAACGAUAUCAAUCAUAAUGCAGCAAAUCAAUCCAUCGGGUAGAAUCUAAAAAAACAAAAAAAAUGCUAAUAAUGGAUAAAUAUUCGCAAGACAAAACUCCAGAUAUUUGUCGAAGAAAGUUCAAUAAAACGAGUAAUUCAAAGAAACACGUACAAAUUCAUACUGGCGUAGCUGCAUGCGAGUGUGAAAUUUGUAAAAAAAAAUCACUACAAAAAGUUAUCUAAAGAAACACAUGAAUAUUCAUAUGCUGGUAAUAAUCUGACUGAGUACGAAAUUUGCGAGAAAAAAUUUACUAGAAAUUAUUUGAAAUUUCACAUGAGCAUUCAUACUGGCAAAUAAUUGUAUAGUUGUGAAAUUUGUAAAAAGAAAUUCAAUCGAAAAGUUCAUCGGAAAAGUUACAUGGGUAUUCAUACCGGCGAAAAUAUGCAUGAGUGCAACGUUUGUAAAACAAGUUUCAAGAGCCUAUCUGUUCUGAAAUAUCACAUGUACAUUCAUUCCGGUAAAAAAAUAUAUAUAUGUGAUAUUUGUGAGAAAAUAUUUAUCGAAAAGGUUCUUCUGCAACGGCACCUACGUUACCAUACCACCAGAAAACGAUACGAAUGUAAUAUCUGUAGAAAAAAUUUUUUCGAAUCAUCUAAUUUUAAAAUCCACUUGCGUACACAUACAGGCGAUAAGCCGUACGAGUGUAAUAUUUGUAAACGAAAAUUUAUUACAAAGCAGAAUAUGAUGAAGCACAAGCGGUGUAUUUCUUCUGCUAACAUCAGCCAAUCAAGUUUGAAGCUACCGUUGGUACAAAAAAGCCAGAAGUGUAUUUCUUCUGGAAAUAAAAUAUAUGAAUGUAAUAUCUGUAAAGAAAAAUUUUUGGGCUCAUCUAAUUUGAAAAUCCACAUGCGUAUACAUACAGGCGAUAAACCCUACGAGUGUAAUAUUUGUAAACGAAAAUUUACUACAAAGCAGAAUAUGAUGAAGCACAAGCGGUGUAUUUCUUCUGAUGACAUCAGCCAAACAAGUUUGAAGCUACCGUUGGUACUGAAAAGCCACAAGUAUAUUUCUUCCGGAAAGAAAAUAUAUGAAUGUAAUAUCUGUGACAAAAAGUUUACCCGAUCGAAUCAUUUGAAAAUCCACAUGCGUGUACAUACAGGCGAUAAACCGUACGAAUGUAAUAUUUGUCAACGACAAUUUUCUGUGAAAAUAAGUAUGAUAAGGCACAAGCGUGUACAUACAGGCGAUAAACUGUACGAGUGUAAUAUUUGUCAACGACAAUUUUCUGUGAAGGCAAGUAUGAUGAGGCACAAGCUAUCAAUUCAUUCUACACGAGAGUGCAGCAUUUGUCACGUAAGUUUUAAGAAUCAAUCUGUACUGAAAAAUCACAUGUAUAUUCAUUCUAGUAAAAAAUCAUAUAAAUGUGAUAUUUGUGAGAAAAUAUUUAUCAAUAAGGUUCUUCUGAAACGGCACAUACGUUAUCAUACCAUCGGAAAAAGAUACAAAUGUAAUAUCUGUAAAAAAACAUAUUUCGAAUCAUAUACUUUGAAAAUCCACAUGCGUACACAUAAAGGCAAUAAACCGUAUGAGUGUAAUAUUUGUCAACGAAAAUUUACUGAAAAGAGUAGUAUGACGAGGCACAAGCAGCGUUUCCAUGCCACACAUGAAUGUAUUUCUUCUAAUAAAAAACCGUAUGAGAAUAACAUCAGUCAAAAAAGUUUGAAGCUACCGUCGGUACUGAAAAGCCACGAGUAUAUUUCUUCCGGUAAAAAAAUAUAUCAAUGCAAUAUCUGUGAAAAAAAAUUUAACCAAGAGAAUAGUCUAACAUUUCACAUGUAUACACGUCAUUAUAACAAAAAAACGUAUGAGUGUAAGAUUUGUCAAGCAAGUUUCAAAAUUCUGAUUGAACUCAAUUUUCACCUGUUUCUUCACAAAUACACAAAAUUGUACAAAUGUGAUAUCUGUCGAGAAGCAUAUAUUAUAAAGGAUUGUUUGAAACAGCAUAUGUAUACACAUACCGGCGAAAAAUUUUACGAAUGUAUUGUUUGUCUAAAAGAAUUCUCUCGGUCUGGUCUGAAACGCCACAUCCAGAACAUUCACGUUGACUACAAUCGAUAUAAGGAUGACAAUCUAAUCAGUUAAACCGAUUUAACAGUCACAGACGUCUUUACAUGCCCAAUGCGCUAUAUGAGUGUGAUAUUUAUUGUCAAAUAAAUGAUCUGGAAUUCUACACAGCAAAAAAAGUUGACUUGAUUCAAGUGGGAAAUUCUUGAACCAAGAAUACUAGUUUGAAAAAUUCCAUUUUUUUUUUUCAAAAAUUUAUUUCUUGGCUCAAGGAGUCAGGAUUCUUAAAUCAAAAUUUGUAUAUGCUUGGUUCAAAAGUACUUUUUUUUCAAAUAAUAAAUCUAACUCUCAAACCAAGUAACAGAUUUACUUGGGUGAAGUAAACAUUUUGACGCCAGGUGGCGCCUCGAUAAGUACAGCGUAUUUGAUUGUUUUUCUCAGUUAGUUGUACACGGAGAGAAAUUUAUGGUAACGAUUACAAUAAAUUAUGGGAAUGGUUCCCAUAAUGAAUGGUAACCGGUUUUAUUGAAAUGUCGAUUAUAGUAACCGUUACCAUAAUAUUAUGGUAAUCAUUUUCAUAAUCAUUUCACAUGCGAUAUGGGAAUUGUUACCAUAAUUACGGGAAUUAUUCCCAUACUUAUGGGAACUUUUCCCAUAAUUCCAAGUAAUCAUUACCAUAACGGUAUGGGAUGAUAUUUCAUAAACGUACUAGGAACGGUUACCAUAAAUUUCUCUCAGUGUAGUUAGUUUUGAGUUGUAAGUUCACGAUUUGAACGUCAAACCAUGAAUCUCGCCGUUGAUAAUUAUUUUAGUUUAAUGUAUAUAAAUACGAACAAAUUUCGUUAUCACAAUACCUAAAGUAAAGUAGUAAAUAAUUACUGUGAUCAGACUUUAAAGAUUUUCACAAUAAAUGUAUUUAGGGGAAGAGGGGGCAAAAGAGGGUAGGGUAGGCAACACGGGGUACCCCCAAAAUUUGAUAAAAAAAAAUUUUAUAUUUUAAAUGGUUUUAACAUUCCAAAAUGACUUUUGUAAAUAUAAUUAAGCGUGACUUUGAAUUUUUUUUGUUAAACUUUUUCAAUAAUCAAUUGUCAGUUGAAAAAUAUUAAUGACGUUUGUUUUAUGAUAAAAACUAUUAAAAAUUUUUUUUCUUCUUUUGUCUCCAAUAAACAUGUGAAAUAUAAUUUUUCUUCAUGUGAAUUACUUAAAAAAAAAUUCAACUUAAUCAAAUUUGUUUAAAAUCCAGAAAUUUUUUUUUUUUACCUUUUUUAGGGGGUACCCUAUUUUGCCCGCAGAAAUGAAAAAUUUUUUUUUUCAACGGUAACUGAAAAUUUCUUCUAUUUACUUUGAAUAUCAUUAAAAAAAAAAAGAUUUAGCGUAUUUGAGUCCUCGAAAACUUGGUAGUUUCUUAAGUACCCCCUUUUGCCCCUCCCUCCCCUACUUCUCAAUCUUUAUUUACUGGGUAACAUUAAAUUUUUUGAUAUUGAAAAUGCGGUCAUCAAACAAAAAUAUUAUUUAAAUUUUUAGUAUAAACGAAUUUUUUUUUAAAUCAAAAUAUGCAUCAAACUUCCCAAUCAAAAUUCCUAUGAAUAACUAUUGUAGUAAUAAACCGAUUAAUAAUUUUAAAGAAUAUAUUUGUAUAUUUCUGAAUCGAGUAAAAUAACAUCCUGAUUCAAAAAAUGCGCCAUACUCAAACUAAGUCGGUAUAAUCCUGCGUCAAUAUUAUCGGCCUUAAACCAAGAGAAAAAAAUUCUUGGGAGAAAUAAAUAUGCAUCUUGUUUGAAAACAAAAAAUUCUUCUUCCAAAAGUAAAAUUUUUGAAAAAAAAUUUUUAUUUAUCAUUGAAGCAUAAUAAAUUAUUUAUUGAAGAUUGAACUUUUUUUGAAUUGAAAAGUUUAAAUGUUUUAGAACAAGAAUGAUAUUUUGUAGAAAAUAAUUUUUUUGAACCAAGUUAAUUUUUAUUUCAGUGUACAAGCGCGCAAUGAUAGUCGAAAGCAUUUGAAUCAAAUGAAUAUUCUCAAUAUCUUCAAACUAAUCUAUUUUUUUGGCUCAAAUAAAUUGUUCUCUCAGUGCUGCAGCAUUUAAAAUCAUGAAGAAAUAAUAUUUCUUUGUUUUUUUUAAAUUUUUAUUUUAACAUAACUGUCUCAUUUUUUUCAUUAAGAAAAAAUUACAUUUUAAGCCUGACUUCAAAUCUAAUUAUCAAUUAAUAUACGUAGAAGAAUUUUUCUAACAAAAUUGAAAAAAAGUUUUUUCCAACAUGUGCAAGAAUAAUUCAGACAUACACUCAAAACAAUAAUUUUAUAUAUUUUUUUAACAAUAAUGGAAUUUUAAAAAGUGAAAGUUUAAAAAUUUAAAAAGGGUGGUCUUUAAAAUGUUGUAUAAUAGAUUCCCUGCUUAUAAUUGAAUCACAGAAUAGUGUAAUAGGUUUAACAGCCUUUGUGAAAACUUCGAUUUUACAAAAAUAUAAUUUUCCUUCAAAACCACUCGUAAUCACACAAUACACGUCGUAUAGCCCCUUUUGGCACUCACUUUGAUUAUAUAUAACCCAAAUUGAAUACCGUCUCUCAUUAGAAGUAAGUUCUAAAGUUCCACCAAAAUUUCUAUCAAUAUAAAUUAGUUUUUCUUUAUCGACAUCAUCUGGCAAUAUCUUUAUACCUUCCUUAGCAAAAUAUCGAACUUCUGGAUGAUCUUUUGAAAGUGUAACGGUGUAUAAAAUUUCAUCUGAUGAUGUUGUAGUUCUAACUCUGUGUAAUAGUAUGCACACAAUUAAUAUUUUAUACACAUAACAGUUAUUUAACAUUUUGAAUACUUAUAUUUAUUUUUAUUAUUAAUUAGUAUUAUGCAGUUUAUAACUACUGUGGAAGACUGUUAGGUGAAUCAAAGAAGGUUACAAAAUAAGUAAUUAAUAUUGAGUGUACAUUUAUGAAACGUGGCAGCUAUCAUCACUGAUACAAAAAAAAACGAAUGUGCCAACAGUAAUUAUUGUUGAAAAACUAUUAGUCUUUGAUAAAUUGUAAAAAAACAAGAUAAUAAAAAUUAGUUAAAAAUAGAUAAGAUGUAUUUUAUUAAAUAUAUUUUUUAUAUUUUUUAUUGAACAAUAGGGUAAAUACAUCAAUAGUUGGACAAAUAUUAUUUUAAUAACCGAUUAUAUUAGGGGAAGGAGGAAGGCUAGGCAAAACGGGGUACCCCCAAGAUUGUAUUAAAAAAAAAAUUUAUAUAUCUAAAUCGUUUUUAAGCAUUCCAAAAUCACUUUUGUAAAUAUAAUUGAGCAUUACUUUGAAUUUGUUUUGUUCAACUUUUUUAAAAAUCAAUUGUCAGUUGAAAAAUAUUAAU